AAUACGAUUACAGUAGUCGUGAUGGUCAGGACUCCGAUACUGCGCACGUGCACCAACGCCUUCAUCGUCUCACUGUCCAUCAGCGACAUCCUCUUCGCGAUGCUCAUGCUCGGCCUCUCCGUGGGCACGAUCGUCCGCCGGUUCGUCCCCUUCUACGUGGAUCCCGUGACGCUUCAGAUCGUUACGGCGUUCGCCUGGGGGAUUCAGAUCCACGGCAGCAACGGGAACCUCGUCCUGGUGUCCGUGGAAAGGUGGCUGUACAUCACCCAGCCUUUUCUCUACCAGAGGUUCGUCUCCUCCAAGACGGUCAUCGCGAGCAUCGCGGCGACCUGGGCGGUGUCCUUGGCCGUGAACAUUCCAUAUCUGUGUUUCAACCGGAACCUGUACAUGCCGAAAUCCUAUUUCGUCGUGUCGACCGCGUACGUCAACCCGACUAUACACACGGUGUGCUGUCUGACCCUCAUAGCCAUCUACACGCACAUCUGUUUC